AGGGAGGCGGCCGCCGAGCGCAGUGUUACUAUCCCACCAGUAACUUGGGCUUUGCCGGGGCGGGGGCCGGAGGAGGAGGAGAGGAUGAUGUCUGGAUCCUGAGAAUUGAUCUCUGUUGGAUUAGCUGCCUGCUGCUUCCCGGGGAGAUCAUGAAACGAGGUCGCCUUCCCAGCAGCAGUGAGGAUUCUGACGACAAUGGCAGCCUGUCAACUACAUGGUCCCAGAACUCUCGAUCCCAGCACAGGAGAAGUUCCUGCUCCAGACAUGAAGACCGGAAGCCUUCAGAGGUGUUUAGGACAGACCUGAUCACCGCCAUGAAGUUGCAUGACUCCUACCAGCUGAACCCGGACGAGUACUAUGUGUUGGCAGAUCCCUGGAGACAGGAAUGGGAGAAAGGGGUCCAGGUGCCUGUGAGCCCAGGGACCAUCCCGCAGCCUGUGGCCAGGGUUGUGUCCGAAGAGAAAUCCCUCAUGUUCAUCAGGCCCAAGAAGUACAUAGUGUCCUCGGGCUCUGAGCCUCCUGACUUGGGCUACGUGGACAUCCGGACGCUGGCCGACAGCGUGUGUCGAUACGACCUGAACGACAUGGAUGCCGCGUGGCUGGAGCUGACCAACGAGGAGUUCAAGGAGAUGGGAAUGCCUGAGCUGGAUGAGUUCACCAUGGAAAGGGUCCUGGAGGAAUUUGAGCAGCGAUGCUAUGACAACAUGAAUCAUGCCAUCGAGACCGAGGAAGGCCUGGGGAUCGAGUACGAUGAGGACGUGGUCUGUGACGUCUGCCAGUCCCCUGAUGGUGAGGACGGCAACGAGAUGGUGUUCUGCGACAAGUGCAACAUCUGUGUGCACCAGGCCUGCUAUGGAAUCCUCAAGGUGCCAGAGGGCAGUUGGCUGUGCCGGACCUGUGCCCUGGGAGUCCAGCCAAAAUGUUUGCUGUGUCCCAAGAAGGGUGGUGCUAUGAAGCCCACCCGCAGCGGAACCAAGUGGGUCCAUGUCAGCUGUGCCCUGUGGAUCCCUGAGGUGAGCAUUGGCAGCCCCGAGAAGAUGGAGCCCAUCACAAAGGUGUCUCACAUCCCCAGUAGCCGGUGGGCGCUCGUGUGCAGCCUCUGCAACGAGAAGUUCGGGGCCUCCAUACAGUGCUCCGUGAAGAACUGCCGCACGGCCUUCCAUGUGACCUGUGCUUUUGACCGGGGCCUGGAAAUGAAGACUAUCUUGGCAGAGAACGAUGAAGUCAAGUUCAAGUCCUACUGCCCAAAGCACAGCUCCCACCGGAAGUCUGAGGAGAGCCUUGGUGAGGGGGCCGCGCAGGAGAACGGGGCCCCCGAGGGCUCCCCCCGGAAUCCGCUGGAGCCCUUUGCCAGUCUGGAGCAGAACCGGGAGGAGGCCCACCGGGUGAGCGUCCGCAAGCAGAAGCUGCAGCAGCUGGAGGAUGGGUUCUACACCUUUGUCAACCUGCUGGACGUGGCCCGAGCCCUGAGGCUGCCUGAGGAAGUGGUGGACUUCCUGUACCAAUACUGGAAGCUCAAGAGGAAGGUCAACUUCAACAAGCCUCUGAUCACCCCAAAGAAAGACGAAGAGGACAAUCUAGCCAAGCGGGAGCAGGAUGUCUUGUUUAGGAGGCUGCAGCUGUUCACGCACCUGCGGCAGGACCUGGAGAGGGUCCGGAACCUCACUUACAUGGUGACCCGCAGGGAAAAGAUCAAGCGAUCUGUGUGCAGAGUCCAGGAACAGAUGUUCAGUCUGUACACUAAGCUCUUGGAGCAAGAAAGAGUUUCAGGUGUGCCUUCUUCUUCCUGCUCCUCCUUCUCCCUGGAACACAUGCUUCUGUUUAAUAGUCCUUCUGUGGGUCCCGACGCUCCCAAGAUAGAGGACUUGAAAUGGCAUUCUGCGUUCUUCAGGAAACAAAUGGGUACUUCCUUGGUUCAUUCCCUGAAAAAGCCCCAUAACCGAGACCUGUUGCAGAACAGCAGUGGGGGCGAGGGCAAGGCCCUGCCCCGGCAGCCAGAGCUGUGCAGCGUGAGGGAGGGGCUGGGGGUCCCAGAGAGCUUUCUGAGUUUUGAAAAGACCUUUGCAGAAGCACGUCUCAUAUCAGCACAACAGAAAAAUGGUGUGGUGACACCAGACCACGGGAAAAGAAGAGACAAUCGUUUUCAUUGUGAUCUCAUUAAAGGAGACUUGAAGGACAGGCCUUUUAAACAGAGUCACAAGCCUCUCAGGUCCACAGAUGUGUCCCAGAGGCAUCUGGACAGCACGAGAGCCACCCCCUCCCCUGGAGGGGGGCAGUCCGCGCCUGGAGCCAGGAGGGACAUGGUGCCCAGGUGCAAUGGCUCCCUAGUCAGAGUGACCUGUAGUCAGACCACAGUCCAAGUGCCUACAACACCUGCCAGCCCAGGGAAAGACUGGGGGGGGUUCCGGAUUCCAAAGAAGGGGGAGCGGCAGCAGCAGGGAGAGGCCCUCGAGGGCACCUGCCACCAGCACUCAGACUACCCCUACCUGGGCCUAGGCCGAGCUCCAGCCAAGGAACGAGCAAAAAGCAAAUUAAAGCCUGACAGCGAGAAUGACGGGUAUGUCCCCGACGCAGAAAUGAGUGACUCGGAGAGCGAGGCCUCGGAGAAGAAGUGUGUCCAUGCCAGCAGCACCAUCAGCAGGAGGACAGACAUCAUCAGGAGGAGCAUCCUGGCCUCCUGACCCCUGGCCUGUCGCCCUGUGCCGGGGAGGUCUGGUGGCGGGGACAAGCAGAAGCCCUUUAUUCCUUAGCUACACAAACACAUUUUUACAAUUCAGAUUGAAUUUUUUUCCAGUCAUUUAUAAAUCAUCGUUGUGAGAAGUUUGUGUUAUUUGCAGCUUGUUGAGGAGACAGAAGAGUAGAUUGUAACCGUAAGACAUGGUAGAUCAGCACCUGAAUUAAACACUACACAGGAUGAGUGGAGUCAGUGUGGACGAGGGCAAGGCUUACCCACGCCUCGUGGAUGUCUGUUGCCCUCUGCAUUCUUCCCAAAGCACAAACUCCUGGUUCCCCGAGUAUACAGAAUCAGAUAGAACUCUAAUGAAUUAAUACAUUUACAGAACAAACCCUCUCGUACCAAUUGUAGCCCACAGAGCUCGUUUUCUAGGACUGUGGUCAGCCUUGAAAUGGUGUGGCCCACAAGGCGGUUCUGCUGCAUAGACAGAGGCAGCAGCUCUGACCCUGAGCGACACCCAGCAGCCAGGGAAGAGAAUUUAAAGAGUCAUUACUGGAGUCACUGUAGGAGGGGGAGAGCUGCUGCGCCUGGAGAGGCCUCGCUCCUGAAGCCUGUGAGUGGAUGUGGGAUGCAGGACUGGCAGAGAGCGAAGCCACCUAGAAAGUUCUCUGUCUGUGAGAAAGGGCAGCUGGAGUCCCACUUUCACCAGUCCUUCUGACUUUCCUCUUCCUUGACCACUGGCUCUUGGGCCAGCUUAGGUUUCCCCUGGCCAUUGCCAGGACCUGGCCACCUGGCUAUUCAAUUCAAGUGAUGAACUUCAGACUCUGGUGACUGGUACUUCCCAGAGCUCACCACUAGUGCAUAUGUUGGGGAUCUGGGCUUCCAACAUGAAGGGAUUCCUUAAUAAAAAGGGAAAAAAAAGAAAAAAAAAGGAAAAAAAAGAAUAAAGUGAAAUAGGUUAUAUUUUAAAAACAAUAGAAAGGCAAUAACUUGCGAUAAGCUCUUACCAUUGACCGAGGCUGAACAGGAAGGAGACUGAGGUGUGCCCUGCGCAGGUUUCCUGGAGUCAGAGCUCUGCACUCUCAUUUGUAACUUGGACUUUCUAAUUGCAAAUGGCAAUAACUAGUAAGUUAUCAGCAAUAAUUUAGCAUUCAAUUUGAGUACAAUGUUCUGUUUUUGCACUCGCUGGAGUGUGUGUAUUAAGACAGUGGAUAGUGUUAAGGUACUGUUAAUUUUCUUUGGAAUCCAAUGUAGUUGUGAAUCAAACUUAUGAGAAGGAAAGUUUAAAUAGUAAUGAGAUUUAGAAUUAUGGGCAUUUGGAACAAGCCCAGCUUUCCCUAAAUUGCCCCUUAGUUUGUUAAUACCAGGAUUGAGAUUCCUGAUUCAUUUACACAUCUGUUUCCAUGUGGCAGGGACAUUCUGAUGCUUAAUGAAUAAUGCUUUGCGUUCUGUAGUUAGCUUUCAAGUCUUCCAGAUGAUUGUCAACAACAAAAAGGCUUAUUGAAUUCCAUCUUGCUAUGCAAGUUUUAUCAGAUGAUCGAAUAGUAGAUCCAAUGCACCCCAUUGUGUGUAUGAUGUUUCCAAACCAAGUCUUGACUUCUCAAGUACAUUGUAGUAGCUAAUUCAGGGGAGGGGAAAGAACAACCCAGGUUUUUAGAUUGACUAUUUUUGAGCUAUGGGGCUCAGUUUGAAAGACUGCUGUCCAGAUCAGCUUUUUGCUACGGAUAUUAGAAGGUUCUUAGGAAUCCAAGUUGUACAUUUGCUCGUAGCAUAAUUUAAAAAUUAAAAAGUUUUUUUUCUUUUUUAAUAUGAGCAAAACCCUUUUGCUGGACACAGGAGAAGGUUGGACUCUAUAUAGUUAUGAACUUUUGAUUGCAGCAGCAGCUCUGGGUGAGAGUAGGAUUUAUAGAGGGAUAAUUUGUUAAGCCAUAGAAAGAAAAUCUAAAUUAAUCUAGUAAGUAUAUGACCUCUCACCAUUUUAAGAGGUAUCAGAUUCAUUUGCACUAUUAGGAAUGCUAGUUUUGUGCAAAAAUAAUGCCUUACCUGUUUUUCCCCACGUUUAGGUUGAAAAGCUUUCAAAAUGUUCCAAGUUAUGCUAAACCAAAAAAAAAAAAAAAAAAAAAAAAAAAAAAAAAAAAAAAAACAAACAAAAAAUAAAUAAAAAAACCCCACACAAAAACAAAACACAAAAAUAAUAAAAAGCCCACACUUUUUAUUCCUGCUUCGAAAUGCAAAUGGUAUAGAGCACGGUUUCUCUGACAGUGUAACGAGAGCUUUGUAGGUUAGUCUCGUGUCGCGCUGGGAGCUCUGUGUGAGUGGCCAUAGCAGCAGCCAGCCCGGCCCACCCACUCACAUUCUAUUAGUAUGGAACCAUUUGCUUUUUCUUUUUUUUUUCUCCUUUAUCUUUCCUUGUGCAUCCUGACCAAGAAAUAUCUUUGAUUAUGAUCAAUGUAUUAUGUCAAAAUGUAGGCUAGUUAAACUUUUUGUAAAGUUGCCUGGAAUGUCAUUUGUUAGGUUAUAAACACAAAAUCUAAAUGAAGGGUUUUAUGUGUUGUGUACAAAUCUUAAUUAUUUUGAAAUGGACAAACUUGUCAUUACAUUUGUAACCUUGCACAGAGUAUUUUUCACUAUGUGCCUAGCUUGGUGUCCAUUCAGCUAAAAUCGAAAAAAAAAGGUGCAUGAAGAGUUAAAAAUCAGAAAUUAAACAAAGUAUAUGUAGAGAUGACUAUUUUAUAUUACAUGGCCCUAUCCUGUAUUUAUUUCUACCCCCCUUUUUGAAAGUAUUUAUAAAACUAGUUGAGGACAGCUGUAUUUUUUUGUUGAACUAUUUAGUAGAAUUUGUGCCUUUUUGUCUGUAUGUGAAUAAAUGCUGUACAUUUUGCAAUACA